GUGCAACCGGAUUGGCUUCCUGUACUGAUAACCUUAGCCUGCUGCAUCUGGUUUCACACUGCUACGCUUAACACGAGCACGGGGCGCCUCACUAAUAUACAAGAUUCCGACGCUCCCUCCGUCAUGUGUCUGGAGUCAAUUGCCAUGGAUAAUACUUUAAUCCCCCCGCCUCCCCCCAUGGACAGGUCGACCACGGCCGAACAAGACAUGGAACUGCCCGCCAACUAUGUCAGUCUUGGCCUCAACAACAUCGUUGCCAGAGAAACUCGCGUCGAGAUUGAAAACAAUAAAGUCCAAUUUCCCGAUGCCUACUGGAGGGCCGGCAAUCCAGCAACAGAACGGCCAAAGCAUUACAACUUGUGGCCUGUCUUGAAGAAGGCUGUCUCGGCAAAUCUGGUAGAAGGAGCCAAAGUCGCUCGCAAGUUAACGGAAACCCACUUCAGCACGUCUUUGCCAGCCACAUCGACUCAAUCUCCGCCCAAGAUACGCUCCUUAUCAGCCAGGCGAAAACUUAGCUUCCCAGAGUUGGGCAGAGGAAUCAUGGUUGCCGGUCACCAUCCUCGAAUGGAUUCUCCAACCAUCCCAGGGAGGUUUCCCGUGCAUGAAAGGUCAUACAGCGCCCCCGGUGGGCCAUCAACCCCCUCUAUAUUGCACGAAGAAUCAACGUUGAUUCCUGUUUCUGAGCGUUUCAUCUGGUUCGCAGAUAGCGAUGAUGAAACCAAGAUAGCUGCCGCUACUCCCUUCAACGACAAGCUGAAAGAGGCCGCCGAAAGAACACCGACCGCAGAUAAAACAUCCCCUUCGGCCAAUAUCGUUGGAAAGUCUUUUGAACUAAAAGGAGACUGUGAUGAGGAAGAGAAACCCCCGGUGCCACCCAAGUCACCUCGCUUGACUACCCGUGCUGCAUUGAAUCAAGAGGGACGACUAGCCUCCAAGUACAAUUUGUCAUCACCGAAGUUGCCCCUGAGAAUCGACACAAAUAUCGCCAAGGCCGAGCCUUCAGUAAACAUAGUGCACAUUACCCAUCAAGCACGCCCACUAGUAACGCAGCCUCGCGCAUCCACUGCAAUGGACUUCUAUCCACCUGCCCCUAUCACUGCUCGGCUUCACAAGCGAAGCGAGAGCGCAUCCGGCUCUGUUAUGCCAACAAAGACCGAAUGUCCAGAAAAAAACCGAAAGCCGAUCCCCACCAAAGAACAUGUGAAAUAUGUGUCGACUGAAAAGUCGAUCAUGGCACGUGGCCGACCGAACAAACGCCGCGCCAAGGGCGAAAUAGUAACUAAGCAGUCUAUCUCUUCGGAGCGGAUUAGCUUCGCGACAAUACCUCCGGGAUUUGAUGUAAUAGAUGCUCCAGUACAAUUUCCUCCGUCAGAUGUCGAGAAAAUACAAACCCAGGCCAAGAUUCAAGCACAGAAAUUCAAGGUGCUGAGAUAUGAUGAUGUUAAAGCUAUGUCGCAGGAGCUUCGUGUUCUCGACGAACGCUGCGAUUACCUUCGCAACACUCAUAAAUCUCUUCGCACAGGGCGCAACCGUUUACACGAGCGGAUGAUCAACUUUCUUCGUUCACCACGGUCGACAAUAAACUAUCGCGAGAAUAUGCUGAGGCAAGGUGAGGCUCUGGCGGAGCUGGAUCGUUCCAUCGACGAAUGGAUUAACAAGCUCGAGCAAGUUGAGCACAGGCGAACUUGUGUUCGUCAGAAGCUGCUAGAGCAUGUUGCCGCCUCUCUAAUAUUAUCGGCCACGGCAUCCUCACAAGGUCCACCGCUACCACACCAUACUCCACCUCAAAGUCCUUUUAAUUCCGAGACUGGCUCCGACGCUGCUCGGGAGUCAAUAAAAAUCUACGCAGAUUCUGGAGUCUAUGCGGAUGCAGACAUAGAGGAUCUGCUUGCGGAUAUUCAACGACAAAUGGACGACAUGAGCCCAUCCCGAGAUCCCUCUCCUUGUCUAGAGAGUGCUGUGACAGCUUAAACACAUAACGAUAUGAUGGAAUAAUUGAAACAUACUAAUGAUGUUGAACGAUGUUGUAUGACUAAGAUGAACCGUCAAAUAUAACGUGCACAACGCCACUUUACCCUGACAAGACUCUUUGCUCAUGACCGUUAUUUGCUUUUCCCCUUUUUCCAUUUCCGACGUCAUGCAAAUCGACGAAAAUAUUUCAAUUACAUUUCUUCCAACCAGCUACUCCACGGGCGAGACCUAUAUUUAAUGCCACCCUGGUCUUUCGCUUUUCUUUGUGAUAUAUCUAUAUAACAACGGGGUGGUGGUGUGGAAACCCAUUUGAGACCACGACACCACCCGCGUGUUGCGGAUUAAUACCGAGAUAUUGGUGUAAUGUGAGAUGGACCAGGUAAUAUUGGAUAAUAUUACUGUCACAUUUACUCGAAUAGCUAAGCACUGAAAAGGAAUCUAUACUUCGUGAAAUUUU